UUCCAUGUUGAAGUGAGUUGGAGGCAGUGAGAGAGGCAGGAAGACAGUGAGAGAGGCAGGAAGGCAGAUAGUGAGGCAGGAAGGCAGUGAGGGAAGGAGGCAGUUGGUUGAGGGUUAAGUUUCUUCACAACAGCAGGAGGUUUGAGGUUCAGUUGGAUGUUCUCCAGCUCCGAGUUUAGGUCGUCGUGUUUGAGUGUGUGUGUGUGUGUGUGUGUGUGUGUGAGUGAGUGAGUUAGUUAGUGAGAGAGAGAGAGAGUGUGAGUGUGUGUGAGUGUGUGUGUUGCGUGUACGCGCCAUGGCAGUGAAGGCUCUGCAGCAGUGGUGUAAGAUCCAGUGUGAAGGCUACAGAGAUGUUUGUAUUACCAACAUGACCACCUCGUUCAGGGACGGACUGGCGUUCUGUGCUCUGAUCCACAAACACAGACCCGACCUCAUAGACUUCGACUCCUUGUGUAAAGAAAAUGUGUACGAGAACAACCACCUGGCGUUUCGAGUGGCUGAGGAGGAGCUGAGCAUUCCGGCUCUGUUAGAUGCAGAGGACAUGGUGGCUCUGAAAGUUCCUGAUCGUCUCAGCAUCCUCACCUACGUCUCUCAGUAUUAUAACUACUUCCACGGCCGCUCUCCAAUCGGGGGUCUGGCAGGUGUCAAGAGACCAGCUGAAGAUCCUGUGGGUGAUGUGUCAGGGAAGAGGAACCAGGCAGUCACAGCUAAAACCUACACCACGCCUAAAAACCUCACGGAGACUAAGAGAGACAUUCCUGUGGAGCGACCGGAUAAAUCCAGCUCAAUAAACAGAAGCUGCAGUGUGUGUAAUAAACACGUCCACCUCGUCCAGAGACACCUCGUGGAUGGGAAGCUCUACCACAGGAACUGCUUCAAAUGCAGCGAGUGCUCCAAUAUCCUCCUCUCAGGAACGUACAAACCUGGGAAUCAAGCCAACACAUUUAUCUGCAAGUCCCACCAUAACACCCCGAAGGCUCCGCCCACUCAGGCCACACCUUUUGCACACUACAGCCAAACUACACCAACUAUCGCCAAUUUACCCCUAACCCCGAAAAAUGUUCCUCUCAGGAGUGUGGAAAAAGACUCCAACCAGCCCAAGAUCUCACUAUGGGGCAUGAGUAAGACUGGAGGUUCACCUGCCCCUACACCUGCAUUUACACCUGCAUCUACGCCUGUUUUUAAACCUACACCUACAUCUACACCUGUUUCUAAACCUACAUCUACACCUACACCUACAUCUACGCCUGUUUCUAAACCUACACCUACAGCUGCCCCUCGUUAUAAACCAACAGCAUCUAAUUCUGUGGUUACCACUGUGAAAAUUCUCUCUGAACCGAAAGUCCUCACAGAGACACCAAAAGCCCCGAGCAGCUCAGUCCUGAGGAACCUGGAGGCCAAACAGAGGUUCUUCGAGUCCAGCAGCAGCCCUUCGAGCCCCGGCGCGGUCAGUAAGGGCAGUAGUGUUACCCCAUCCAGUGAAAAGCCUCUAGCAGGAAGUUCAGGAGCUGCCCAAGGUACAAGUAAAGCGUUUCUUCGAGUGGACGACUGGAGAAAAGAAGAAAAGAAAGAAAAAGAGAACAGUAGUGAGAAGGAAAAGGCGAAGUCUGUCAUCAGUAUUUUUGUGGCCGGUGAGACGAGUAAGACCAGCAGUUCUUCUUCACCAUCUGCUGGACUGAGAACUAAUCCUACGAUUAAUGUUUCUCCUGCACCUGCUGCCCCGAAAGUGCUGAACACCAGACUGCGGCUGAAACCACCAGAGAUGGAUUUAGAUCUUAGUCCAAAUCCCAGUUCCACUAAACCCACCAGCUUGGUUUGUUUUGGAGAAAAAUCCACAGCGAGCAAACUGGAUACAGCACCUUCAGACUGGAGAUCUUUACUCAAACCUGUGGCCAAGAAUACAAAGUCCAGUAUUUCUCAAGACUCCACACCAACUAGCGACAUGAAAACAAGUAAUGCAGGCUCUCGGCCCUGGGAGUCGCAUGUCAAGAGCUCCUUAUCUCCUGCUCCUGCUUCUCCUUCUACAAGCAGCAGCAGCUCCACAAACUCCUCCUGGAGCAGUAUGCAGGACAACAGCGCCACCCCCAGACCAGGCCAUGGGGAAGCUCUUAAAGGCAAUAACACUGAAAGCAGCUCGUCACAGUCGUUUCCCUCAUCAGCAGCACAGACGCCGAAGCUGCAGAAGCCGGACUACAUCCCAGGAGAUGAGAUCCUGAAAGAGCUGAAGGAGAUUGAGAUGAAGCUGAACGAGUUGGAGCAUGAUGGAGUGGAGUUAGAGAAACAGCUGAGACAGUGUGAGGAGGAGGAGCAGGAGGAUGUUCUGACCAACGAUCUAAUGGUGGACUGGUUCAGUCUGAUCCGCAAGAAACAGGUCUACAUCAGACGCGAGUCCGAGCUCGUCUACAUUGGACGAUCUCAGGAACUGGAGGAAGAGCAGCCAAAUGUUGAAGCAGAACUUCGCAAACUGAUGGAAACACCUGAAAGCCUGAAGACUUCCCGAGAAAAAAAACGAGAAGAGGAACUGAUGGCCAAACUGGUAGAAAUAGUCAACGACAGGAACGCCAUUGUGGAUGGACUCGAUGAGGACAGACUGAGAGAGGAAGAGGAGGAUGAGCAGUUAAAUAAGAUGAUGCAGGAUUUGGACAUAAAGAAAGAAAAGAAGAAAAGGUCGCCCAUGUCCAGAUUGUUCUGGAGGAAGAGUAAGCACGAAGCCUCUGAGAAUAUUUGAUGUCGCUGUGAAGGAUUUGGAAUUUACAGAUGUUUGAGAUUUUCUUCUCCAGCGAAUUGAUUCAUGUGUGUUUUAUAGCUGUUAAGGUGAAUAUGAGCUCCUGUCUUUAACACACUUUUAGAGAUUCUAUAUUAUUUCAGGAAGGGAUUUAGGUGGAAUAACUACUGUCUUCUACUAAACCAAGCAAAAGAUCAGACCAGAAAUGACCAGAGAUGUUUCUGUAGUGAAAAUGAAGAAAAAAAAGCACAACGUUCUCUUCCACUGAGUGUUAAAGGCUUUUUACAGAGACCAGAUCCUUAUUACAGCCUGAGAACGGCAGGGGGCAGUCAGGAUCUUACACUACACAGGAGCGGCUCUGAGUGCUGUAUACACACACACACACACACACACACACACACACACACACACACACACACACACACGGUGUAAAUUGGUUUGAAGCUAAUUUUUAUUGUAAAUAUGUGGAAUGUAAAUAGAAUUUGUGUGUCCGUUUUUCCCCAUUAAAUUAUUCAUAUAAAAAUGUAUUAAAGAUGAAUUUUAGAUGAGAUUACGGGAUACUAGUGAUAAAAAUUUGUGCCAUUUGUUUUAAAAAGAAAGUUGUAACUAAAUGUAAAAUAAUGUGUACGAGGAUCAAUAAAGUUUUUCAGAAAAUA